UAUUACGAUUGGGAAAUUGUUACCGUUUCCACAAGCUGUGAUCAGCAAAGACACUGACACUCCUGAUGAUCAAAUCCACCAAUCACCCAUCUUUUUCUCCUGCCGUUGCGCCGCCCAAUCUCCGCCUGGUCAGCCGUCGCAGGACCUCGCCACCUGCAAGCACGCGCCCGACCCCACAAAACACACCCUGAAACACUGUUCACAGUGUGCUUCCUGUUUUACUUGUCUUCUUUUCCAAGCAGGCAAGCCACUUUGCUCCGGAUCUUUCAAAUUGAAAUUCCUCUCCUUCAACCUUUGCAUGUUGAAUUUCACAUCAACAGCAUCUCCCUAUAAGCUAGGAGCUUUGUUCGGCUUCAAGCUUUCCGACGGUAAUUUGACGAUUCCUCCGACGCCCGCCAUCAAGGUUAGUCUCAAACGAUUCCUACCUUAUUGACCUAUUGCAUCUCAAAAUCUGCUUCAAAUUUGUUAUUUAAUAUAAUUGGGCUUUAGUCUAAUCCAAUUUAACGAUUAGAAAUUUCGGCUGGGGACGGGGACUGCAAUUUCAUCUGCUCCAAACAAAUAGAUUCUUUUUAAUUUGAAUUUAGAAAAUUAUAUUCGAAUUUGUUUUACAUCUGAUUCUGUUGGAUUUAGGGGUUGUGUUUUAGUGUUUCCUGGCCUGAGUUGUAAAUAAAGAAAAAGAGUGAUUUUUUUUUAUCUUAAAGAGUUCAUCAUGAUCAUGCACACGAGUCUGAUAUUAUCAAGUAAGAUGCCCGAGUCCUCUUGCAUUCAUAUAACUACAUUUGUGAGCUGCUUUUCUGGGUUUUUGUGGCAUAUGAAGCAGGGCUCUUGUAUAUUACGAUGCAAAAAAUUGUUUCUUUUUCUAUUUUCCCUUUAAAAAUGGAAGGUAGAAAAAAAAAUUAUAUUUUUGACGGGAUUCCAUCUGCCCAAAGUCCUCACCCUUACCGGAAAGCAAAAGCCUUUCGAUUCCCCAAUCAUGGGAUGUGCCGUUGCAAUCACUCUUCUGAUCGCCGUCGCAACGCUGAUCGUUACUCGCCUGCUCUACGUAUUGCACCGAACCGGCAAACCCCACAAGCCCAGCAGCUCAAAAGGCUCAGCUCCCCAACCCCUCAGCACCCUAAUCGUUUUGGGCUCUGGAGGCCACACGGCGGAGAUGAUCAACCUCUUGUCAGUCCUUCAAAGAGACAGAUUUGCCCCUAGGUUCUACAUCGCCGCCGCCACUGAUAACAUGAGCCUCCAGAAAGCUCGCCUGCUGGAAGAGAACGCCGAUGAGAGUUCGAGCUCGCAGUUCAUGCAGAUCUACCGUAGUAGGGAAGUGGGUCAGUCUUAUUUCACCUCUGUUUUGACCACUUUGACUGCUUUGGCUCAUGGGCUCUGGCUAAUGAUCAGAAUCCGACCCCAAAUUCUGUGCAAUGGGCCUGGGACUUGUGUUCCACUUUGUGUAAUUGCAUUCAUAUUCAAGGUUGUGGGGAUUCGAUGGUCAUCUGUGUUUUAUGUUGAGAGUAUAGCAAGAGUGCAGAGGCUCUCCCUGAGCGGCUUGCUUCUUUACAAGUUACAGAUAGCGGAUCAAUUCUUUGUCCAGCGGCCUCAGCUACAGAAGAAAUAUCCCCGAGCUCACUAUGUUGGUUGUCUCAUGUAGUUGAUCCGAUUCUGCUGCUGCUAUGCGUGCUCUAACGUCCAACUUUUCACAAUGUAAUGUGCGUUUGUCAAGGUUUUAACUUCUACAGUUUAUUUUGUUUUGUCGACCAUAGUUGCCAACAUUUUAGCUUCUUACUAAUUGAAGAAGAGACUGAUAUCAUUGCAUUGAUGAGGAAAGUGUAAAGAUUGUUGAAAUUUAUAGUACUUUUUAGGACAUACCUGAGAUCAAAAGUUAUGCAUUACUGGGUUCAACUUGUAAUCUUGUAUGCUAGAUAAUUUAACAGUGAUUGCAUUCUGGUUUAUCGAAACUAGGCUUUGUAUCUUUACCUUUUAAUUUCUCUAUCCUUCUCCUUAUGUUAUCGUUGAAGAAUAUUACAGCUAGAACUGGAAUGAAAGGCAAGCCGGAAGCACUUAUGACAUUGGAGAAUAAAGAAUGACACCUCAACAAUCAAUCCAAUGAAUAGCGUAGAGAUGGUGAUGCGCACCCGCCGGGUAAAAUCUCUGGGCUGAGAAAUUGUUGCUUGUUGGGAGAUUUUCUUAAACUCAAGUGUAUUAUCUUCUUCGGCUUCUUCAACUGGUAUGAAACACAUAUUUGCAUUACCAUGGAGGUAGCUUCAUCUAUGAUUUAGUUCAUCAGUAAAAUCACAAAUUUUCUUUUAGUAGCAUAUGAAUAUAAUCGAUCUGUCAACUAUUCGGUGUUUUUUCUUCGUUUCUUUUGAACACAAUGUGCUGUUUACCAAUUUCUGUUACAUGCAAUCUAUCAUUUAAUGUAUGAGAUAUUACAUA